AUGCGCGCCGAUAUCUCCGCCCACUCCCUCCGCGCCCUGCACAGAUCGGUGGCGUUCCUCUCCAGGGUCGGAGGGGAGAUCAUGCUCGACGCGCGGGAGGAUGGACGCGAAGGUUCGUUGACGCUGAAGAGCGUGAACGCGAAUCGCUCGGCGUUCGCGCGCGUCAGGGUGCUCGCGCGCGCGUUCGACGCGUUCGAGGUGCGCGGGAAACGGGUGCAGGCGUGUGCGCUGGCGAAACACGUCUUGGCGUCGCUCAGGGCGAGCGCGAGGGCGGAGACGUUGUCGAUCGAACUCGCGGAUGACGACGCGGCGCGAGAAGAGCCGCGAGUGGUCGUUCGAACGACGAGCGCGAAAACUGGGGUGACGCGGACGUACGAGAUGUGCGAGGUGAUCGAUUGCGAACACGUUGACGCGGAGAUGGACGCGGAGGCGAUGCCUGGGAAGUGCGUGAUGCGCGCGCGGGCGUUCGGGGCGCUGUUGCAGCACUUCGCUUCGGCGGCGCAGGAGGACGUGACGAUAACGUUCGGGAUCGAGGGUGAGGUAUGCGUCGAGGUGGACGAGGGUAGGAUUGGGAAUAGUUCAGGGAAUAUCUUGACGUUGUCGAGCUUUGCGACGGCUGGGGCGGGAUUGAGUCAGGCGUUGCAGACGAGCGUGUCCGUGCGAAGAGACGACGAAUCAAUUUUGUUCUAUAGGAACACCGCCGGAUCGAAGAUCGAGGUGACGGUGAAUUUGAAGGAUUUGCGAGGCGUGGUGCAGCUGUGUGAAGCGUCUGAUGUGGAUUUGGCGAUUUAUUGCGCCCAGGCCGGGGCACCGGUGAUCGCGAAGCCGACGGCGGAUUACAAGCUUUUCCAUCAACACGGAGAGUCGCAGCAGGCCGCGGCGCCGAGCGUCGACUUCGAGGCCGAGCUCGUGUUGGCGACCGUUUUACCACCGGAGAUUGCGAACGACGCGUCGACGCAAAGCGAGCGGGCAGAACCGUCGGCACCGAGCGCGGCGCAGCUUCCGAACGUGCCGAUCGGCAGUCAACCGUGGUCCGCGGUGCCUGACACCGAAGAUGGAUCGCAACGAGAGAUAGGCGGCGCGGACGAAGUCGGUGCCUUACCGCGACCGUGGGGCCAAAACGCGUCGACGAUCGCGAACGUGUCCGCGGACGAAGACUGGCACGCGACGAAUGUUGACGAUUUCGUCGAGGCCACACCUCCGGAGAAACGACGACGAUCGUGA